UAAGCGGGCGCGCGCGCGACCAGUCGCGCACCGGCCACCGCCGUCGCCGCACGCAUGUGUCUCCCGCGCCUCCUCUCAUACUUCAUCUGCAUCCGCCGGAGGAACCUGCCGCGAGUAUGCGUGUGUUCUACGUGCUCCUCCUGGGCCUCAUCCCCGACUUGGGGAACAUCGGUGCUUGCGCGAACUGCGUCAGCGCGGAGCUGACUGUGAGGGAGUUGAACGAUGUGAGGAUAGAGUUCGUGAAGCAGCAGAUCCUGAGGAAGCUGAGGUUGAGCAGGAAGCCGGCGGUGGCGGUGCCCGUCAACAGCCUGCCCGUGCCGGUGGCGCAGGGCCAGACGCUGAGCCAGGGCACCGACAAGCCGCCAGAGUUCGACGAGUACUACGGCAGAACGGAGCAGAAGAUCAUAUUUCCAGUCGAAGGGGAAUGCCUAACGUCCGGCCGCUACCCGUUCACAUGUCUGCAGUUCGAGUUGCCACCCGACGUGGAGCCGGAGGAGGUCACUGUCGUCGAGUUGUGGUUCUAUAAGGAGCGUGACCCAUUCGAUGAGUACAACCAGACGUUCGUGAUAUCAGAGGCGGCGCACUGGGACCGCCAGCAGCAGUUCAAGAAGACCAAGCCCAUCGCCAUCAAGGAGACGGACACGCGCGAGGGCUGGGUGCGCGUGGAGCUGGCCUGGGCCGUGCGGGUGUGGCUCGAGGGGCGCGAGCGAGUGCACACACUGCACGUUGCUUGCAGGACAUGUCAGUUACGCAAAGCACCGCUGUCUUUCCACGAGAAACACCGGCCGUUCCUCGUCCUCUACACAAAGUAUGCGGGCAAGAGACGGCGAGGACGCGCGCUGGAGUGCGGCGCCACCACCAGCGAAUGCUGCAGAGAGCCGCUCUACGUCAGCUUCCGCGAGCUGGGCUGGGACGACUGGAUCAUCCGCCCCGAUGGAUACCACGCUUACUUCUGCAAGGGGUCUUGCGCGCCCAUUUCCGCUGUUUCACAAGCGGAUAGCUACCACCAUAAUAUCAUAAGGAAAUACUUCUACACGGUGGAGAGGCGCGCAGAGUUCAAGCCAUGCUGUGCUCCGACCACAUUCAGCUCUCUCCAACUGCUGUACAUGGACUCCAACAACACGGUGACACAGAAGACCCUGCCCAACAUGGUGGUGGAGUCUUGUGGGUGCAUGUGAGAACUACUGUAGUAUAUUUUGUGUAAAUAGGUAUUAGUUGAUGUUAAGUGAUAGUUUGUCUAGUGCUGGUUGAUGUUGAAUGAUAGUUUUGAGUGAUAGUGACAAUUUGAUGUUUUGUGAUAGUUGAUUUUAAAUGGUUUAAUGGUGAUUAUUGAUCACUGAUACAGAUUGCGGCAAGUAAGUUGAUUCAAAAUAGCGGUCACUUGCGUAGGUACAAAUGAAAUGGUUAUGGUGGAAAUACAAAUGCUUUACGAUUAACCGUGAAUUUGAAGAUGUCAAAGAACUGAAAAUUUCGUAUAGGUAGUGCCACCAAUUUUCUCACUAACUUUCUAAGCCGGUGGCCAAAACUUUAACU